CAGCCAUUAGUAAUUUUAAUAUCAGCGUCUUAUAUAGCUUCAUAUAAUUGUCACUGGUAUUAAUGGCGUUGAAAAUUAAGGUUCAUAUAUCUAUCAUUGGGAUUAAUGACGUUAUUAAAGCAGAUGGGCCAUAUCUAAAUUAAUAUAUAAUUAUUUUUUGUGAAGUGUAGCUUUAAUAUGUUUUUACGAUAUUUUGGGAACAUGAUUUGGCAGCGAAGUGUCAUUAAUUCGGUGCUUAUUUGUUGGCCGAACCAAACAAAAUAAUUCAGUAUUUUGUAAAACAAAUAUCGAUAAAACACGCUCUUGUUAAUCUCGCAAUAACUUACUGAUAAAAAACAUUUAACUAGGUCCUAGAAACCCUUGGAGGAUAGCAAUGGAUGAGGAAGUUUGUCAGGUAUCCUCCGAACUUUACACUGAACAUGAUUAUGGAUCGUCGUCUAAACCUAUGAUAAAUCCAAAAAAUACGGUAUCAAAAUUUAAAUUUAAAUACCCACCGCCGCCGCCUAAAGUAGAUUCAGAUGGCGAUUUAAUUGUUAGAAGAAAGAAAAAAAAUGUACGGGAAAAACUAGGCGUAAUAGAAAUUGAACACAGCAAAAGCACAGUAUUAGAUUUAGUGGGGCUACAAAUAUGGCGAGGAGCACUUUUACUGGCAGACUGGCUUUUAUAUAACCGGGAGACAUUUAAAGAAGGUCAUUACAUACUAGAACUUGGUUCAGGAGUGGGAUUAAGUAGUAUAGUUGCAGCCAUGUUUACCCCCGUUUUUUGCACUGACAUAAAUAAAGGCGGUUUGUUGAAACUAAUCAAAGGAAAUGCCUUGCGAAACUCUCACUUAACCAAGCAUCCGAUUACCGUCUUGGAAUUAGACUUUUUAUCACAGGUUCUACCCAGGGAAAUCGUCGCGACUUUAGAGAAAACGCCAAUUGUGAUAGCUGCCGAUGUGGUUUAUGAUAACGUUAUUACCCAAGCUUUUGUGAGAACGAUGGGCCAUCUGCUUUCUAAACCUCCGAAAAGAUCUAUUUAUGUUGCUUUAGAAAAAAGAUUCGUUUUUACAAUUGCUGACUGCGAUGCAGUUGCACCUUGUUACGAGUAUUUCGUCGAGUGCCUUCAGAAGCUUGAGAAUAUCGAAAUGGAGGAAGUUCCACUGGAUUUUCCACAGUAUUUUCAAUAUGACAGGGUCAAGGAGCUAGUUUUAUGGAAGAUAUCGUCGACUUUUGAGGACGAAAUUUAAAUUUCACUCGUUUAAGUAUUAUAGACCAUAGAUUAUGUUAUUUGUAAAAAGACAGGUUUCAUUAAAUGCCACAUUACUCUAAACAAACACACUUAAUAAUGUAAAGAUUUUAUUUUAAAAUAAAUAUAAGUUAUCGAUUGGCCCUUUGCUCAUUAGAUGUUCCUUUCUCAUCUCUUUGUUUCGUAGUUGUUGAUCUUGUUCCUUCUUCAGAGGUUCCAUGGAUUCGC